AUGAAUGACGAUGAUGACAGUCUGGUUCAUGAAUUAAUAAGAUACUGUGUGCUUAAUAUUGCUCGGUUAGGAAAAGUUAACGGUGAUGCCGAGCAAUGGUUGACAAAGGAGUUCAAUAGUCGAUUUGUGGGGAAAGUUCGUAGUUUCCUUUUUGGCGAAAAUGGUGCGAUAUGGAAGACUGUUUUGUUGGUAGCAUUCGAUAAAGAGCAUUCGGAACUCUUUGUGAGCAUUGAUGAUGAACCGGCUGGCCGGGUGUUUCCUGUGCUAUUGUUUUUGAAGGAUAAACGUUUCAUCGACUCAAGGUUGACUUUGGAAUCUCAGAUUUCAUCUAUCAUACUACCAGAUGAGGUUGCCAUAAAGGCAAUCACUUUCUUGCUCGGUAACGGGCCUUCUCAUGCCGUUGAGCCAGUCAGCAAGGAGGGUUCCCACGAUGACGCUACAGAAAGCUACAGCGACAGAAAACGGAGCCUUAAUGAUUUUGAAAUUUCGCUGAGAAGUGUUAAUGGUCCUUUGGCCGUUCUCGACCUCGUCUCUGAAGCUCACCACAAGAUAAAGGAUAUCGUCAGUAAAGGCGCCAAUGAGGAUAACUAUCUUAGUUUUGUCGAACCUGAAUUGAUACAAGAGCCCUCUUUCCUGAAUGCUUUGCAGGCUACUGCAAAUGGAUGGCUCAGAACCGUAAAAACGGUAUGCCAGGCGGAAAAAGGUGUUAGACAUGAUUGGGUUUUUGAUGAAGUUCAGUAUUGGUCAACUGUACAAGAGACUUUGGUAUCUAUCGAAAAACAACUUCAAUCACAAGAGGUCAAAAUUACGAUGUGCAUUUUGGUCUCUUCGAGGAGAUGGCAUAAUGUUUUGGGGUUUCCUUCCGACAGCGGGCUUACCGGUAAAUUACAAAGAGUCAGAGAGUAUGAUCGAUUCCUUUCUUCCAUACCAUUGAGAACUCUGAAGUCUAGUAAUAAUAUGGAAGAUGUGAGGAGAGAAAUGGAUUGCAUAGCAGCGGCUUUGAAAAAAUUUAGAUUUACACAGUAUCCAGCUGAUAGAUUCGCAUUAUUGCUCGAACAGGUGUCCCAUGAAGUGCAGGAUGCCAUUCUCAGAGUAUCACCAAAUCUUUUCAAUGCGUCGUACAUAUCAUUUUCUGAGCAUGAAGGAGCGAUCUUGAAGGCAAUUGACCAAUGGGAUGGGAUCAUUGAGGAGAGCAAGAUCCAUUUAAGAGAAGUCAUCCGAAGAAGAGGGGACUUAGGCAGUUUUGCAACAUCUCUAAAGCCUUGCACAAAUAAUCUACGAGAUGCUGUGAAAGAGUUAGCUGCAUUUCGCAAACGUCACUAUUGUUUUUCCCAAGCGCUGAAAUCAAUUGACUAUGUCGAUUACUUGAAAGACUUAGAUUUCGUUUACGAGCCAAUCAAUGUACUUCAGAACACAUCUCUUGUUAAAUGGAUAGAAUCGCGGAACUCAUACAAUCAAAGGCUCGGUUUAAUAGAGGAAAAGCUUAUAAAGUUAUGGAAAAAAAAACUGAAUCAAGACAACAGCUCGGGAGACAUAAUCAAUCAGUAUACAUCGUUCGCACCGCUCAUGGCAUUCAAUCCUAAAUUGAUGUCGGUUAUGAAAAACUGUCAGAAAGAAUUGCUCAAUUCUGUGAAGCAAGAGCUUACCAUUCUUAGUGCGAAAAUUAACCAGACGGAUCAAUUAAAGCAAGCUUUAAUGCUAAAAGGUCUUUCGAGUAUGUCCGCGGCUUUGGUAGAACGCUCUCAGCUUAAUAAUCGCAUGCAGCAGCUUCAAAAUCGUUGUGAGAUGUUACUGGGACGUGAUUGGAAAAAGCUGCCAGGGGGAAAGAUGCUGUUACCAAUUUUUAAAGAACUCAUACAGAAAACGGAUCUCGGGGCCAUUUUCGAGCAUUGGAAGGGGAGCAUUAUCAAAGGAGAUAUUGAGGAGCUACAAAGUCCAAGACUGAAAAUCAUUCGUAAUCAAGACCAAAAAUAUGAACUAUCUGUUAACUUCGAAAAUGUUCAAAAUGCCAUCUUUGGUGAGGUUAAGACUUUUGUAUUUCUCGGUUUCGAGGUUCCUAACGAUAUUAUCCGCCUUGCCGAUAGAUAUGAGCAGGCCCGGUUAAGCGCUGUCAGCAUGCUUGGGCAGGUGCAAAUAUUUCUAUCGGUAAUCUGCGAACUUGACAGUCGUCCCUUCACCGCAAUUUUGCUAGAAAGGCAUUUAGUCCAUAUCUGGAACCUUAUCUUAAACGCAGCGAUCACUCCCUGGUCCGGCUUUGAAGAUGACAGAGAGAUAGGUAAUUCUGAACCAAUCGAAAAUAGCAUCCCAGUACAAUUAGAAAAAGGUGUGAGCCAUCUGGUAACUAGUUUCCAUCAGUUUGAGAUAAGCGAAGCACGAUUGUCGAACUCGUUGCGGGAGCUUUCAAGGUCGCGGGGCGAAGUUGAAGCACUUUUACAGAUUAUCUCCUCUGUCCAAUUAACCAUUGUACAAGUGGAAUCUCUGCAACCACAAGGGAUUGACAAACUUAUUCUUUCCUUGAAUAGUUCAAUUGAAAAGAUACUAGUCGAAAGCUCGAGACAUCAGUUACAUGAUCUGACCUGUGAUAUUCCGAUCAUCACUGUGAGCUUUGAAUCUCAGAAUCUUACAUUUUCUCCCUGCAUCACUGAACUGAAAAUACGAUGGAUACGCGCUGUUGAGGCAAUCGUCACAAAAAGUGCAAGUCUACCUCGAAUAUCUCUCGAACAUCCUCCUAUAGGCAGCCCGAAAUCUUUCGAGCUGUCUUAUUUGAUUAGAGAUGAUGUCUUUCGAACGUUGCAACAUAUCGAGAAGAAGUGUUUGCGCGCGCUAACUCAGUUUGAACGUUUAAAAAUAGUCGAAACACUCUGCGACUUGCCAGAGUCGGAUAUUGAGGAAUACAUAGGAAGUGACAUCAAUGUCUGUUUGGAUUUGUUGGCAUCUCUCAUCGAAUCACAUACUGGAUUAGAAAAGUUCAGGAGUAAGAACAACGGUGAGCUUAUAUUGCGCUUCGCCUCACUAGAUUACCGCUUAUCAGUAACAAGGGAACUAGAUUACUGGCGCAAAGUUCUCAUUCGUUUGUUGCUAAAACUUUACGAGGAAGAAGCGACAAAGCUUGAUCAAGAUCUAAGAGUAGACUUAAAAGAUUUAGAAAAGCACUUUUCCUCCCAUUUGUCGUUAGCUACCAUAUCUUCCAUCUUAGGAGCUGCUAACAGAAUAAAGUCUUCCUAUCCUAUGCGAUGCCAAUUAUUGCGGUCUUUCUCUGCCUGUGAAGCCAUUUUCUUGAAGUUUCAUUUAGAACUCGCUUGUGAUCAUGUAUUUCUUGAUCAGCUAGAAAGCGAUGCAAAGGCAUUGGAGGAUCGUUUACAAGCAGUGGAUGAAUUUAUUGAGUCCAACAGAAAAAGCGUCAUCCAUUUGCUUGAUAGCAAGGAGAUAAGCCUCAGUGAGCAAUCUUAUUCUCUGCUGAACGAUUGGCAGAUAACGAAACAAGCUUUGGGCGGAAUGAAAAGCAUAGACGCUUUACACAUGAUAAAAACAUUUCGAAACAUGUUCAAAAAUAUCGCAGACGAGAGCGAACAAUUAUAUUGCUGUUCCAAAAGUUUGGCUUACCCACUUGUUCAGAAAGAUCGCCUGAAGAAUGCUUUUCGCGAAUUUGAUCAAUUUGAGACCGGCUAUCGCCAGUUGAACGACUUACAAAAUUCUCUAAGCUCUCUUCUUCAACGAAGUUGGAGUUUGAAUCCGGUUGAAGACAUGCCUAAUGAAUUGAGAAGACAGAAAGAUGAGAUCAAAAAAAUUACGGAUUUGACACAUCAGGACUCAGAGGCCGUAGAAGUGAUAGAGUUGAUUAAAAGUUUAGAGAAAGACGCAUCUCUUUUGAGAGAUAUGAAAAACGCAGACAUGGGACCUCGACAUUGGAAAAUGAUUUUUAGCAUUGCUUGUACCUCGAAGCUAGGAAAUUCUGCUAUCGAAUCACAAUCGUUUACCUUGCAAGAUAUUAUCAAUGUAGACUUGAGUAAGAAUGGCAAGAUUAUCCGAGAGAUCAUCUCCAGUGCUCAGAGAGAAGCUGGCCUCCAAAAAUCUUUGAGCAGAAUAAAAGAAUUUUGGAUGAAUGCUCAAUUUGGGACUUUCCUGCAUGAAAGCGGCAUGAUUCUCGUUAGCGACUGGAGCCACAUUCAGCAAUUAUGCUCAGAUGACCUUGAGGAACUGGCGGCUAUGAAAAACUCCACUUUCUACUGUUACCUUGAGCAGGAUUGCCUUGAAUUAGAAUCUAAAUUAGCUACCUUUUCUGCCAUAGUUCCUGACUGGGCUGAUCUACAAGUCAAUUGGUUGGACUUGUUCGGCAUUCUCGGAAAUGAAGGCAAAUUACAGCAUUUAAUUCCCACGGAGUCUGCGAAGUUUCGCCGCCUCACAUCCGAUUUUCAUGAUCUAUUGUCCAGAAUCUUUCGCUUACCCAGUGCGCUUGAUGUCAUCCUCAUUCCUGAAAGUGAUGCUGCAUUUAAGCGGAUGCUUAACACAGUCAGAAUGAUUAAGUCGUCGCUAAGCGGAUUUCUCGAGCAGCAAAGAGAGCUUUUCCCAAGGUUCUACUUUUUAGGAAAUAGAGAUCUGUUGAGGCUGUUGGGAGCUGGCAGUGAUAUAAGUCAAGUGUCAUGCUACUUGAGUAAAAUUUUUGGGAGUAUCACUGAUUUGGAAAUUGAUAACCAUCUCAUCAAAGGAGUUUACUCUGCUGAAGGUGAAUUACUGGAAAUAUUUCAUCCUAUUGCUACAGAUGCUGUCUGCGGGCCACACGAAUGGCUAAAUGCUUUGGAUUUGGAGAUUAGAAAUACCUUAGUGAAAGACGUUGAAAAAUGCCUUUCAGCUAUAUCUAAAGGGGAGAAUUUCCUGAAUUGCAUUGAUUCUCAUGUUUUUCAGGUUUUAUUGCUUACAUGGCAAAUUUCCUGGACUGCGGGGGUUGACGAAUGCAUUAACAAAGGUGGUUUAUUCAAUCUUCGAAAGUCCAUAGAGGAUAAAAUUUACCAUCUUUCGCUUCGACCACUUUACGCCGAGAACCGUCAUGACAGACAGAAGGUUCGUUCAUUAAUCAUUGAACUUAUGCACUGUGCCAGAGUCGUCACGGAACUUCUUGAUGCCAAAACCAGUACAGUCGCAAGUGCUAUAUGGCAUAGAGCUCAAAAAUUUUAUUAUGUUAGAGAAAAGGCAAUUGGAAAGGUGUAUGUCAAGCAAUGCAACAGCGUAUUGAACUACAGUUUUAACUAUAUUGGCGUCCCAGAAAGACUGAUCUAUACCUCGACUAUGGAAGAAGCUUUUUCAGCUCUGAUAGAAGCAUUGACUGGAGGUUUCGGUGGAUGUCUCUUUGGACCAGCAGGUACGGGUAAGACAGAAACAAUAAAAGCACUCUCCCAAAACCUCGGAAAAAUGGUGCUAGUAUUCAAUUGCGACGAUUCGUUCGAUUUUCUGGCGAUGUCGAGGCUCAUUAUAGGGAUUGCUCAAAUCGGUGCAUGGGCUUGCUUUGAUGAGCUAAACAGACUGCAUGAAAGCGUCUUAAGCUCAGUUACAGGGCAUGUUAAAAUGAUUCAGGAUGCUAUUUCCCUAAAGUUUUCCGUAAUUGAAAGUAUGGGAAGAUCGAUAAAUCUGAACCCAGAUACGGGGCUGUUCGUUACCUUGAAUCCCGGAUAUGAAGGAAGAUCUCAUCUGCCGGACAAUUUGAAAAGGCAGUUCCGUGAAUACUCAAUCAUAAGAGCUGACAUUCCGUUCAUUACACAGGUGAUGUUCAGAGUCCUAGGAUUUAGAGAUGCUGCAGCUUUAGCUCAAAGGCUGGUUGAUCUUUUCACGUUCCUUAGCGAUACCUGUAGCCGACAAAAACACUAUGACUUCGGACUGCGGUCGGUUAAGAAAGUUCUUUUGAAUUGCACUAAAAUGAUGAACCAUGAUGAAAAAGGCAUGGAAGAAACCUGUCUCCUACGCAGAAGCUUGACCCAAAUUGUUUUGCCCGGCUUCAAUGUAAACGAUGAGUGCCUUUAUUUCAGAAAAGUAAUGGAAAUUUUCCCUCAGGAUGAUUCAAUAGCACCAGCCUGUAGCUUCACGGCACAAUUGCCAGAAGCCUGUGAGAAAGAGUGCGUAAUUCUAUCCGAAAGCUUUCUCAAGAAAUGUCAACAGCUGUAUCACAUGCAGACAAGCCAACAGGCAAUUAUUAUAAUGGGCCACGCUGGAGUCGGAAAAACGGCAGUAUGGAAGACGACUCUAAGGGCAAUGCGGAAUAUGGAUGGGCUCAAUAAUAUUAUCUAUGUGAUCGAUACGAAAACAAUGGGAAAGGAGGGCUUGUACGGAGAAAUGAACAGAGCAACCUUGGAGUGGAAAGAUGGGAUAUUUACUAGCAUUCUUCGAACAGUGAAUGAUGACUCGAAUAACUUAUUUGGGUCUGGUCGUGUAUGGGUCGUAUUGGAUAGCGAUUUAGAUCCUGAGUACAUCGAAACUCUGAAUAGCACUUUGGAUGACAACAAAGUUCUGACGCUACCAACUGGUGAAAGAAUCCCUGUUUCCAGCAAUAUUCGUUUGAUUUUGGAGGUAGAAAAUCUGGAGCAUGUUACACCGGCCACAAUGACUCGAUGCGCCAUUCUGUGGCUUUCUAUUCCUACUUAUUCCGCAACUGAGCAGCUGGAUGCCAUACUAGCGAAAGAAGUAAAAGAUAUGAAAGUGUGUCACGGUGUUUCGACCCUUUUAAUUGAAAGAUUGCAAUCAACCGUGGGAAGAAUCCUAUCGCGAGGUAAUCUUUCAAGCCUGAUUACGAAGGCGAAAUCCCUUAAGCAUAUCUUGGGCUUCGAACAGUCGAAAGUUAUACCAACCCUUAUCAGAAUUUUUUCUAAUGACAUCAUAAUGAAUCGUGAAAGACUGGAAACGCUCGGUGAGGAGGAGCAGAUCAAGUUUUUGAUCUUUCGACUGUAUCAAAUUUUGCUGGACGUGAUGGCUGGUGAUGUAUCUGCGUCAGAUCAGGAAAUAAUAAUGGGAAGUUUGCGCUCAGUGUUUGAUGAGCAUUAUAACAACUUAUCUGAAAAGGCACAUCUGGAAAUGGCUCAAUUUGUCGACGCAACAUUAAAAUACACAUCCUUCAAUGAUCUGCUUCAAGAACGAAAGCAGGAGCACCAUAAUAUUACAAAAGCUAACACUGUUAUCGCCACUGUUGAGACAUUGAGAUACGAAAAAUGCAUCAGCGAUAUGUUGAAGGUCGGAAGACCAGUGGUUUUAUGUGGUCGGCCUGGUUCCGGAAAAACCAUGCUAAUUAGCAACAUUGUCUCGCAAAGAAAGAACUUUCAGCUUGUUAGUAUGAACUUUUCCAAGGAUACAUCAGUCUCACACAUAUUCAAGACUCUUAAUCGACACAUGAAAUAUGUCGAUGGUCCUAAAGGAUUGACAUUAUGCCCCAAAGACUCAUCAAAAAAUGUUGUACUAUUUUGCGAUGAACUGAACUUACCGAAGCCAGAUAAAUAUGGAGCGCAAGGCGUUAUCCUUUUUUUGAGACAAUUAAUUGAGAAAGGAGGUUUUUGGCGCUAUGGCGUCAAUAAAUGGGUAUUUGUGGACCGUUUGCAUGUUAUCGGAGCUUGCAAUCCAUCAACUGAUUUUGGAAGAGUGCAUAUGUCGCCUCGAUUUUUACGCCAUGUCUCGAUCUUGUUCAUAGAUCAUCCAAGUUCCAAUGCCUUGCUCCGGAUAUACGAGUCUCUGAUUAAUCAUUCAAUUGCUCUAACACCCUGUAUAAAUCCGAGACAGAUAUGCGAGGCAUCUCUUUCAGUUUACAAAAAGUGUCAGAGUGCCUUUACUCCGGAUUCUCAUCCGCAUUAUACAUGCUCGCCAAGAGAAAUGACCAGAUGGGUCAAAGGACUUUAUUCAACCAUUACCGAUGCCAAUGCGACAGUUCCUUCAUUGCUGCGUGUUUGGGCGUACGAGGCAUGGCGAGUAUUUGCUGAUCGCCUAGUAACCGAGGAGGAGAAAUCCAGAUUUCGAGCUCUACUAACAGAAACAAUAAAUGAAUUUUUUCCUGAGCAAAUUGUUCAACUUGGUGACACGUCUGGUCUGCUAUUUUCAUCCUGGAUUUCAACGAGGUAUGAAGAAGUUAGCAGGGCGGAUAUAUUGGCGUUCUUGAAGGGAAAAAAUGAUUCAUUCUGCGAAGAAAAGGGCUACAAACUACUCAUCCUUCAUGAUGAGAUGCUAAAUCAUGUUCUCCGCAUUGACCGCGUUCUCAAACAAGUGCAGGGGCACGCUAUGCUAAUCGGGGCCGGCAGAACAGGCAAGGCGACCAUGGUUGAGUUUGUAUGCUGGAUGAACGACAUAGACUUCUUGCGGCCGAGCAUACAUAAGAAGUAUGGUAUCGCGGAGUUCGACAGUUAUUUAAGAAAUAUCCUUUUAAAAUGCACUGUGGAUGAGCAGAGGAUAUGUCUAGUAAUCGACGAUUCCAGCAUACGGGAAACCAUAUUUUUGGAAAGAAUGAACACGUUACUAGCCAAUUCAGAUAUUCCUGAUCUUUUUCAGGAGGAACAGUACGACAUUCUAAUGUCUUCGUUGAAACAAAAAUUUGAAUCACUUGGAUAUUCAAGUUUUAGCGAAGAAGACCUGUAUGAUUGGUUUGUGCAGCAAAUUUCCAGAAAUCUGCAUGUUGUGUUCAUUAUAUGUGAUUCCGUUAGCGAAAAAGGCUCUCAAAUCAUAUCUUCGCCUGCUCUUUUCAAUAGAUGCGUCAUAAAUUGGGUCGGAACAUGGUCUCUCUCAACACUUAAGCAGCUGUCGCAAGAACUUUUCAAAUCUACCACUGUACUGACAGUGCCAACUAACAAAGACGAUCCAGCUCUUCAAAAUAUCGCUGAUAUGUCUGAAAGCUCACUUCCUGAUAUCCUUUCGCAAUUCCACCAAAGGUAUUGCUUCAAAAAUUAUCAGUGCGGAUCACCUAGCUUUCUAUUGGAUACUAUUUGGUUAUUCAAAAGGCUACUAGAGCGAAAACAUAGUGAGAUGGAAAAAGAUAAGCAGUUUCUUGUCAAUGGUCUUAAAAAAAUUGACGAAGCUGUCUUUUCAUUUGAGGAUUUGACCAAUAUAUUGAAACAGAACGAAGCAGGAUUGAAAAGCAAGGAAUCGGAAGCAAGAGAGACCCUGGAUAAAAUACUUUCCGAGCAGAAUGAAGCGGAGCAAAAGCAGGCUGAAACGCGGCAUAUCCAAUUAUCUUUGGCCAAAAGGGAAGAAGAAGCCAAACAUCGUCAUGAUUUGGUUCAAUCGGACUUGAAGAAUUUCGAACCCGUUAUGCGAGCAGCGCAGCUCGGCGUCAAAAACAUAAAGAAACAGCAUCUAACCGAAAUCAGGUCCAUGACAAACCCUCCAGUGGCCGUCAAACUUAUCUUAGAGGCUGUUUGCUCUCUUUUAGGUCAUCAAACCUCGAACUGGCGUAGUAUCCAGCAGUUCGUUCGGUCAGAUGAGUUCAUACCCAAAAUACUGCACUUCGACGCCGAAACGAAGCUUACGAAAGAAGCGAACAACUUUGUUAAAGAUAAAUAUCUGUCAUCGCCGGAAUUCAGCUUUGAGAAAGUCCAUAGGGCAAGUAAAGCAUGUGGACCAUUGUUUCAAUGGGCUAGCGCGCAGGUCAGAUUUGGCGAAGUUUUGGAAAAAAUCGAACCGAUCAAGCUUGAGGCUAAGAGAUUGGAGGUUGAAGCUCUCUUGUCAAAAGAGAAGUUACUGACGGCGGAGAACAUGGCAAAGAAGGUCGAGGAAAGCAUAAAGCAAUCAAAAAAUGAUUAUAUGCGUAUUUUUAGGGAUAUGGAGCACUUAAGAAGCAACAUGAAUACUGUUCAAGCGAAGCUUGCCAGGUCCAAAAGUUUAAUCAACAACUUGUCGGAAGAGAAGGCGAGAUGGGAACGAAAAAUCGAGCGUUUUCGGCAGAAAGCAGCUAGCACUAUAGGCAACUGCUUGAUUUCAUCGGUUAUGUACACUUAUUUUGGAAAGCUGGAUGAGAAACAACGCAGUGGCGCUUUGGAAAUAAUUAUCUCUCUUUUGCAGGACAAUAAAAUCGAGUGUGAUCCCAACUACGAUUUCAUAUCCGAGAAUAUGACCAUAGCGGAUCAACACAUAUGGCUUUCUCACGGGUUAAUGAAUAAAUCGUUCUUUUUGAACAAUCUAAUUAUGAUUCUAGACUCCGAUGUUGUGCCAUACAUUAUUGACCCAAACUCCGAAGUUUCGAGCAUACUUUCGAAGCGCUACGGUGCUAGCUUGAGAACUAUCAGUUUUCUCGAGUCAGACUUCAAAAGAAAGUUCGUGAAUGCCGUGAAGUUCAGCAAUAUGCUCUUGAUUAAUGAUGCUGAUCAUUUCGAUCCUGUUAUAAGCAAUGUGGUAAUCAGUCUCACGCAAAAAUCGAAACUAGCGCGAACAGCUCGUAUCGGAGAUCUUGAAGUCUCCCUUCCCACUGAAUUUUGCAUGUUUCUACAUUCAACUGAUGGCAAUAAGACUCUUCCAAGCUUCUUGAACUCAAGAGUACGAGUCGUCAACUUCUCUAUAAGCAGAGCCACUAUACAAACGCGGGCUGUGAGAGCGGCUCUGACAUAUGAGGCCCCUGAAAUUGAUUUUGAACUUCAAGAAUCAAUCGAGCUGAACUCCAGCUACGCAAUGCGACUCAGGUCAUUGGAAAGCCAAAUAUUGAAUGAAUUGAACGAGUCAAAAGGAAGUAUUCUGGAGAGCGAUGAUUUAAUAGAAGCUUUGGGGAAAGUGAAGCAAGAGUCGAAUGAGAUUACGAUAAAACUUGACAAAAAUCAGGACGUGAUUAGGCGGGUCAAUGAAUUCAGUGUGUUAUAUGCAAAUUUUGCUUUACAUUGCACAUGUAUUUACUUUAUUCUCGAAAGGUUUAAGCAAUUACACUGGUUCUAUGAAAUACCGAUGUGGCAAUUUUUCAGUUGUCUUAGAGAUAUAUUUUUGUCGUGCCAGCAAGUUUCUCACAUGGAUACCGAUGGUAGAUUGAAGAUGCUGACUUCGAUUGCCUAUCAGAAGUUAUACUCUAGCUUUUCUGCUUGCCUCUCGGAAAGGGACAGAAGAACUCUCGCUUUCAUUAUGAGCUCCAUGCAGUGCUAUAGCGUGGAUAUGGAAGUGCUGAGCCAAUCUUUCCAGGCUUUCCUUGCGAUUUUAAAUGGUUGGAAGAGGGAUGAUGGCGAAAACACUUUGCCUGAGGAGCUAGCAGACCUCAAGGGCUUCAUUGAAAAAGGAAGCUACGGUGCUGCAAUAAACUGGGCGGAAAAAGGCUUUUCCGACAAGAUUUCCAUUGAGCAGUUGUCUUCUUCAAAUGUUAGAAAAAGCAUUGUCAUUGCAACUGAUAGAGGGUCCGACUGCAGCUCGGAGGUCAUACGAUUAGCCGAAGCUCAUUCACAAAGCUUAUCAGUUAUAGCUUUGGGCUCCCCAGAGGGCACAGCUCACGCUGAGCAGGAAAUUUCGUGCUGCGCCUCUAAGGGUGGAUGGAUCUUACUACAAAAUAUACAAAUGUCAAUGUCGUGGGUACAAUCUUUUCUCGUCAAGAAGAUUGAGCAGCAGUUGGAGAACAUGGAUGUCUGGGAAAAGGAUUUCAAGAUAUUCAUGAGUUGCACUUUCUCGGGAGUCGCUUUGCCGCCGGCCAUUUUACAACAAAGUUACAAAGUGACCGUCGAAGGGACGCCGACAAUUCUUGAGCAAGUGAAAACUCUGUGGAAAACUCUUACGGCUCAUUCCUCCGAAGCCUCCCCGCUAAUAGUAGCUUGCAAGUUUCUUCUGGCCUGGUUCCACGCCAUUCUCGAUGCACGCAGUCGCCUGGUACCUGUAGGAUUCGCGAAAAGUUAUGAUUUCAACGAUUGCGAUCUGCAGUCAGGACUCCGGCAUAUAAAAGACACGGUCAAUGCGACUAAACAUGAGACGAUAGAACUGAUAUGCGAACAACUACAUUUCAGCCUAGGCCGGAUUAUUUACGGAGGCAAAGUGGACGACGACGAAGAUCUCAAGAUUGUGCAAGAAAUAUGCCGCACCUUAUUCCAGCCUGCAGCAAUCAACUGCCUGACGAAUCUCAAUGAGGCUCAUGAGUUUUUGCCGGGGCUGACGUUGCCAAAAGGACUAGCUGACGAGAAGGUUCUCUCGGCUUUUUUAGACCAGGUGUCUGAACCAACCAAUUACUACACAUCGUGGCUCGGCUUACCGGAAGACGCUAUACACAGAUUCGAAUUCAAUGCGAUCCGCGACGCAGUGAGAGGCGCAAUUGCCAUUUUACAAUGA